AUCCUUCAUUUCCAUCCACAUUUCAAAAUCAUCUACCCAACUCUUGGCUCAGCACCGUUUCCAAGACAUUAGUUCCUUCAGCCUCCAGACACCUUCACGAAUCGUGACUUUCACUGCCUCGCGGGCUUCAGUGGACGCAGCACUCCUCAAUCCGUUGUCACCAGGCUAAGACCUCACAUUUGUGCGGUACCUCCUUCCAUCUUCCGCAUCUGCCGCGACCAAGAUGAAAUAUUCCGUCGAUCUGUUCAGGCAUCCCGCCUAUAUUGGUACGAAGCGUGCGCACUACGUCGAGGCCGACAACGAUUGUGACGACGACGAGGACAGUGUGAAGGUAAAGAAGGAGGAGGACAAUGCGAAGGUAAAGAAGGAGGAGGGCAACGCGAAGAUAAAGACGGAGAAGGACAACGGGGACAGCAAUGGCAACGACUACAAGUACUCCCCACCAGCUCGGAACGUCAGGAGGAAACUGGAGCGCAGAGAAUGCGGGACCUGCUGCAACGACGUCGCCGUCAACCGCUUCCCGAAAGAGCCACAUCCCGGCGCCAGCUGGAUGCAUGGGCGCAGCGUAUGUUUCGAUUGCUGGCAGCGCCACCUGGACGCCGAAGUCGAAGAGAAGUCCUGGGAUGCUGUGAAGUGUUCUCAGUGCGAUCAGACGCUACGGGAGCCAGAGAUCAAGAAGCUAGCUUUGCCCGGGACAUACGCUGCAUGGCAAGAAAAAGCCCUCCAGAGCUAUCUACAAAGCGAACAAGAUAUCUACCCAUGUCCAGCAGCAGGCUGCAAAGCCCGUGGAGUCGUGCUCCCCGGGAAUCACAUCCUCGACUGCAAGAGCUGCGGAUACAGGUAUUGCAUCGACUGCAAGGCGCCGAUGCACGAAGAAGAAGUCUGCAGUGCGUACCAGAAGCGCUUGAAGGAUGACGUCAAACGGGAAAAGAGGAGAAAGCGCCAGGCCGAAGAAAACAACGCUUCGGAGGAAGUCGUCGACAAAACAUCCAAGCCGUGCCCGAAUUGCUCCAGCCGACUGGACAAGUAUGCAGGGUGCGACCACGUUACUUGUAAGCGUUGCAGCCACGAGUUCUGUUGGUGCUGCUCCGCACCGUACCAGGGCGCGGCCGGCAUCUGGAAAGCAGGCAAUUCCGCACACAAAUCAACGUGUCCUCAUCAUCCGGGGAAACUUCCGAACCUCGCGAAACCCCACGCAUACGACACGGACUCCGACGACAACGACUCUGAUGACGCCGAGGACGGAGAUGAGGCCGGAGACGAGGAUAGAGAUGAAGACUGAGAGGCCGACCAAGCGAGCAAGGCUGCAAGAGCCACGCAUCGUGACAAAUAUCGCAAGUGGAGACACCACCCGAUCACAGAUCUCAUUAGUGGCGCCAAACCCUCCGGCCCAUCACCGAGAUCUGGCCGGAGUGCGAGACCGAGGUAGACCGGACCACCCAUCCAAAAUCGAGCAGUCUGGAACGCGAUGAUGUCAAAGUGGGAAGAUGGUCGUUUCACGAUGGAGUCAGUGCUGUGCGGAGGGGAUGUCCGAUAGUUACCGACACCACAAUUGACGCUGGUAACCGCAGCCCGGCCCAGGAUAUGAUGUGUAUGUGUGUG